GGGGCCCGGCGGAACCGGGCUGGGCCGCGCUGAGACAGUUGGCGGAGCCGUGUGGCCACCGCAGGAGACACAGAGAACGGAGCGGGCGGCCGCGGACGCCGGCCUGCCCCGAGGCUCGCGCGCGCCCGUGCCACCUCCCGCAUGGUGCAGAUUCCUUGAUAGGCGGCGGUGGCGAGACGGACGCACCGCGGAGGCGGCUCCGGGUCGAGGCUUCCCGUCGGCCGCACUUCCUCCUGCUUCGCGGGUGCGCGGCCGCCUCGGCGGGCGGGAUGGCGGCGGCGGCCCGGGGCAGCGGCCGCGCAUCUGCGUGCCGGCUGCUUCUGCUGCUGCUGGUUCCGCUGCUGUGGGCCCCGGCCGGCGUCCGGGCGGCCCCCGACGAAGACCUUAGCCACCGGAACAAGGAGCCGCCGGCGCCUGCCCAGCAGCUGCAGCCGCAGCCUGCGGCAGGGCAGGGCCCCGAGCCGGCCCGGGCCGAGAAAGGAUUUACACCAGCUGCCCCGGUUCAUACCAAUAAAGAAGAUCCAGCUGCCCAAACUAAUUUGGGAUUUAUCCAUGCAUUUGUCGCUGCCAUAUCAGUUAUCAUUGUAUCUGAACUGGGGGAUAAGACAUUUUUUAUAGCAGCCAUCAUGGCGAUGCGCUAUAACCGUUUGACGGUAUUGGCUGGUGCUAUGCUUGCCUUGGGCCUAAUGACAUGCUUAUCAGUUUUGUUCGGCUAUGCAACGACGGUCAUACCCAGGGUGUAUACAUACUAUGUUUCAACUGCAUUAUUUGCCAUUUUUGGCAUUAGAAUGCUUCGGGAAGGCUUAAAGAUGAGUCCCGAUGAAGGUCAAGAGGAACUGGAAGAAGUUCAAGCAGAAUUAAAGAAAAAGGAUGAAGAGUUUCAACGAACCAAACUCUUGAACGGACCAGGAGAUGUUGAAACGGGUACAAGCACGACGAUACCUCAGAAAAAAUGGCUUCAUUUUAUCUCACCCAUCUUUGUUCAAGCUCUUACAUUAACAUUCUUAGCAGAAUGGGGUGAUCGCUCUCAACUGACUACAAUUGUUUUGGCAGCGAGAGAGGACCCCUGUGGUGUGGCAGUGGGUGGGACAGUGGGACACUGCUUGUGUACUGGGCUGGCAGUGAUCGGAGGAAGAAUGAUAGCCCAGAAAAUCUCUGUCAGAACUGUGACAAUCAUAGGAGGCAUCGUAUUCUUGGCGUUUGCAUUUUCAGCACUGUUUAUAAGUCCUGAUGCUGGCUUUUAACAAGCUAUUUGUUCAUUUGUAUUUAGUUAAAGACAAGAAUUACCUAUCUUAAUGUACAUAGUGUACAUUGUAAGUAAAAGUGAUAGAAAACACUGUAUUUUGUAGCACUGAUUUGUGAGUUUGGCCCAUUUAAUCAAAGUAUUAUGUCCUAAAGAAAUAAUCUUUGAUUCUACUUGCAACAUGGAUUUUUAAAAGGAAACCUGACGUUCUAAGUGUGGAUUUUUCUUUUUUCUCCAGCAUAAUCAUGUUAAUGUGAUCUUUUUGAGUGUCUUUGGCUUUUUUGGGCAACAGUGUAUAUAAAUAUACAUGGCACACCGUGUAGGGGGGGAUCUACCACUUGAUUUUUCAUUGAUCCCUUUAUAAGGAAUACAAAUUUUCUUCUGGAUCACUGAGGCAUUUUAAGAUGUUUACCUUAAAAUUGUUCUUGGGGGAAGAACAAAUUAAUUUCUGUCUUUUAAAACAUUUCCCCAACCCAGUAAGUAAAGAAGUCUUUAAAAAAAUUAGGUUGUUUAAAAAAAGAAAAAAAAAAGAGGAAUGUAUUAGUGUCAUAAUGUGAACUGCUCACCAGAUCCAUUCUUCUUUCCUUUUUAAAUUGGGUGGGAAGCCCAAUAUAAAAAAAACAGUCAAUAUUUGACAAUGUGGAAUUACCAAAUUAAAAGAGAAUACUAUGAGUGUAUUCAUAUUUUUUCUAUAUUGAUUAAACAAUGUAACAUAGAUAUACAAUGUAAAUAAAAGUGGUACGACCAGA